UUGGCUGAAGUCCCCAGAGACAACACCCCACCGUCUCAGUUGUCAAGAUUUUCAAGAAUCUAACCUUUCAGGAUCUCCAAAUUUAUACUAUUUAUGUACCGAUCGCUGACAUUUAAGUUUUACACGUGUGUUUAAUUCACCAAAAUCAUCAUAAUUUCCAUAUCUACCAGCCUAUACUGCCUCAUAAAAUUUGCCACGUGUCGAAUAGCAUUGUUGAUAAACAGUUUGAGAAUAUGCCAGGAUUCGUCAGGCGGCACUUGCUAUACUCACUUUCUUUUUUUAUAUUUGCUGUCAUCAAUCCGGUUCCUGCUUCGCUGAAUUUUCAAACCGAAGAACAAUUGAAACAGAAACAACUUCCGUCUUGUGCAGCUUGCAAAAUACUUGCUGAGAGCUUUAAGAAGGGCAUUGAGAAGACUAAAAAAGGAAAAUUUGAAGGUGGAGAUACAGCUUGGGAAGAAGAUAAACUAGGAUCGUAUGCAAAAAGUGAAAUACGAUUAACAGAAAUCCAAGAAAAUUUAUGCAAAGAUGUAAAAAAAUCAGAGACCCAAUGCCACGAUCUAGCAGCGGAGUUGGAGAAUGCAAUUGAGGAGUGGUGGUUCAGUCACCAGGAUGCCUAUCCAGAUAUUUACGUCUACAUUUGUAUAAAGCAUGCGAAGAGGUGCUGCCCUACAGACCACUACGGUCCGGAAUGCACCAAAUGCCCAGGUUUUCCGGAUAAGGUGUGCAAUAAUAACGGAAAGUGCAAAGGGGCCGGUACGAGGAAAGGAAAUGGCCAAUGUCUCUGUGAUAAGAAUUACAGGGGAGAGACUUGCUCAGAGUGUGCUAGUGGUUAUUAUGAAUCCUAUAGAGAUGAGAAUAAAUUGCUCUGCUCGGAUUGCCAUCCGUCGUGUGCCGGUGGAUGCACCGGAGGAGGCCCUGGUAAAUGUCAGGGAGGCUGCAAGGAUGGUUGGACAUUAGUUGAGGAUGGAGGAUGCGUGGAUAUUAAUGAAUGCUUGGAGAGUCAGAAGUAUUGUCCUGGUAAUCAAUUCUGUGUUAAUAAAGAUGGCAACUACACGUGCCUAAGUUGUGAUAGAGCCUGCAAUGGUUGCACCGGAGAUGGGCCAGAUAUGUGUACAGAUUGCGCAGAGGGGCACCAUAAACAGGACAACAUUUGUAUAAAUUCAGAUAUUUUGGGACGCAAGAGAACCGAAAAUAUGGCGCGAUAUGCAACUUAUUUCGGUUUGUGUGCUGCAACGUGCAUUAUACUCCAGAAAAAUGUGUACGCAGCUAGUGCAAUUGGGUUACUUGUGGGACUCUACAUAUCCGUCUCCGAAUAUAUGAUUGCUACCACUGGGGUCCAAAACACAUCACCAAAUUUUGAUAUUUUGAGACCGAUUGUCUAACGGGGAGAGCUGUGUGUAUUGGUUUAUAUAUUUAUGUAUUUAUGAAUAAACAUCUAAUAAUUUAAAAAGUA